AUGCCCCUACCAGGAGGAAUCAACGCAUCCACAACGGCCACUGCCACCUCCAUCAUUACAGAUGAAGACACAGUCCAAGCAAAGAUCCAAUACCUCGUCAAAGACGAGCAGCACCAACAUGUGAAACCAUACUACCUGCACUUUCAGUAUGAUUCCGACAUUGCCCCAACGAACACAGCCGCAGAUGACCGUAUAGUUCCCAUUCAUAAUGCUCGAAAUCUAGACAUUCCGUCGAAGGAGAUGUUCUCCAAGUUUGGGUUUACUCAAUUGUAUCUUGAUUGUCCUUUGGCCCCGGAGGAGUACUACUAUGACAAGAAAGUGGAAGAAGUUUUAUAUCCUCAAUACAAGUCGCUUGCGCGAGAAUUAUUUCCAGAUGCUGCACGAGUUGAAGUCUUAGAGCAUGCUACUCGCAAACGUCAUCCUCUGUGGCUAUCGGAAGGUAUAGAGCGACAUGAGCUCGAUACGAAUCAACCGAGUGAUUAUGUGCAUAUUGAUAUGACAGCCUCCUCAGCAGCAAAAUGCAGCAUCAAGCAGUUCAACAUCCACCCAAAAACUUACUCGCAAUUCAUCGUUGUAAACCUAUGGAAACCAAUUCGCGGCCCAGUAUACGAUUUCCCGAUCACGGUUUGCGACCGCCGUACAGUAGACUACGCAUCUCAGACCACUGCUAUGGAUAUCGUGGCCCGGGACUACGUCAAUGAGAAUACUCGAAUAUACCAUGACGAGAACCACAGAUGGUAUUACUGGCAUGGGUUGCAGGCUGAUGAGGUGAUUGCCUUUGUGCAGGCGGAUUCUCGGGCUGAGAACAGUGCAGUGUAG